AUGGAGAAUCAGACAUUACUGAAUAUAUUUGUUUUCUCCGGAUUGUCCGACCUUCCAGGUCUUCAGCUCCCUCUGUUUCUCUUCUUCCUUCUCAUCUACCUUCUGACAUUAAUCUGUAAUUUGCUGAUCAUCUCUCUCAUUGUCACCGACUCUCACCUCCAUGUUCCUAUGUACUUCUUCCUGGGGAACCUGGCCGGUUUGGACCUCUGUUGUUCUUCAGUCACCGUCCCGCGAAUGUUAUUUGACCUUCACACCGAGAGAAGAAAGAUUACCACCAUGGAUUGUAUAACCCAAGUCUUCUUCUUUAUGUUCAUUGUUGACGCUGAGGCUUUUCUAUUGUCUGUCAUGUCCUAUGAUCGAUAUACUGCUAUAUGUCAGCCAUUACAUUACAUACAGAUCAUGAAUUCAAAGCUCUGUGUAAAGUUGGUUUCCAUUGUGUGGUUUCUUGGCUUUUCCCAUUCUCUAGUUCACACACUUUGUGUCUUAAAAUUAACUUUUUGUGGAUCAGGCAUUAUAAAAAGUUUUUUCUGUGACCUUCCCCAGUUGUUUCAGAUCUCCUGCAGUGAUGUCUACAUCAACAUUUUACUUGUCUUUAUCUUAGGUGGCAUCCUUGGAGCUGGAUCUGUGAUACUGACCAUUCUGCCCUAUGUCUAUAUAUUCAAAACUGUCCUGAAAAUACAAGUUAAAGGUAAAAGGAGUAAAGUUUUCUCUACAUGUACAUCUCACCUGACAGUGGUCUUCAUAUUUUAUUGCUCCAUUAUGUUUAAUUAUUUUCACCCAAGGACAAAUAAUGAUUUUACUGCUGACAAAGUGUUGUCCAUCUUUUACACCAUUAUUUUUCCUCUCUUCAAUCCUCUAAUCUACAGUCUGAGGAAUCAGGAUAUCAGGACAGCCUUUACAAAGGUUUUUCCUUUUAGGAAAAUAUUCCACCUUUCAACAAAAUACACAAUUCACAUUAGCUAA